AUGUCUGGGUCGACGCCCUCGAAGGCCGCAAGCGGCCCUCGCGGCGCCGCGUUUGGCAGCGGCCCAGCAGCCGCCCCUGCCGCGGGCCGCGGAGCGCCCAGCAGCGGCCGCCUGCGCUCUGACUUCACGCGCCCGCCAAGCGCCAGCAGCCUCCAUCGCACGCCGCUGCGCGGCGCGGGUGGAAAAGACGCGGCCACCGCCGGCCAGCAGCAGACCCCCUCGGGGGCCGGCGCGCUGACGCCCCGCGGCGGCGCCGCUGCGGGCACCAUCGGCAAUGGCAACCACGCAAACGGGGCAGUCGACUUUAAUGGGCUCACGCCGUCGGUGCCGGCGUAUGCCCACACCAACGCGCUCUAUGGCGCCGACGACGUUGGCAUGACGCCCUCUGUCCGCACGCGCGAGUACACCCCCUCCCUCUCCGCCGGCCAGCCCGCGCCCCAGCACCCCUUCGGCCCCGCCGCCGGCGGCGCCGACGACGCGGGGCCGCUCACCGCGGGCGCCGCCGCGUCGGCGGCGAUGCCGCAGCACCCGCGCAAGCUGGGCGCGCCCAGCCCGUUCCUGCAGAGCCACGGUGACCUCUGGGUGGGUGGUGACCAGGACGACAGGGACGACAUCGCACUAGAAGUGCACGCCCCCAGCCAAGCGUCUGUCGUCGCCCCCGCCGCAUCCAACAGAGCCGCGGCCCCCGCCGCCGCGCCCGGCGGCGCGCCCGCGGCGCCGCAGUCGGCGCUGCUCGUGCUGCCAGGCUGGCUGCGCGCGCGGCCGUUUUCCACGGCCCUGCACCUGGCGGGUGCGGCCGCGCUGCGGCUGGAGGCAGAGGCAGAGGGCGAGCCGCCGCCGGACCUGCGAGCGCUGCCAGAGGCGGUCAGAGAGGCGGCGCUCGUGGACGACCUGCUUUACUGCUUCAUGGGCGUCCCCGGCCGCUGCCUGCGGCCGGCGGUCGUUGACGACGGCGGCCGCCGCUUCACGCGCGGCCCCGCGGUAGCGUUCGCCCCGGCGGCGGCGCUGGACGAGCGGUCGGCGGAGUUGGUGCGGAAGCUGCUGCCGCUGCCUGAGUACGCGGCGGUGGUGGAGCGCUUUGCCGUCACGCGGGACAGCCCUGAGCGGGGCAUGGCUGCAGAGGCGCUGGCCUCCGAGCUGCGCUCACUGCUGGAGAAGUGGCGCCUGCUGGUGGUGCAGCUGGAGCGGCGCGCGCUGGGGCCUGGUGGCCUCAGCCUAAGCGAGUUGCUGUUCCAGUGCCAGGCGCCCAUGGCGUCCCUCAAGCUGGCGGCGGAAAUCGCGGCCGAGGCGUCCUCCCAGGAGCUCACGUCGGCCGGCCUGCUCAACCUGCUGCACCGCCGCCUGGGCGCCCUCGGCGGCGACGCGGCGGGCCGCGCGCUUGCGGAGCGGCUGCUGGCGGCGGCGGCGGGGCCCUACUUUGAGAUCCUGGGGAAGUGGCUGGCGGAGGGCGUUUUGGACGACCCCUACAACGAAUUCAUGGUCAAGGCGAGUGCACCCGAGGAGGGGCGGCUCCUGGGUUGGCUGGCUGGGCAAAGCGCGAUCACCCCACGACGCGGCGGCGCCGGCGCGCAGGAGGACACCAGCGUGGGCCGCCACUCUCUGGGCGACGACCAGCAGCUGACCUACUGGGCGCAGCGCUACGUGCUGCGCUCCGACCCCACUUACGCGAAGCCCGACAGGGGCGCGCCGCAGCCGCCGCCCGGCGCCUUUGACGGCGGCGGCCUCGACGUGCCGGCGUUCCUUUGGCCCUGCCGGGAUGCGGUGCUCACAACGGGCAAGUACUUGAACGCAAUGCGAGAGUGUGGCGCCGCCGUCCCGCCGUCUCCGCUGCCCGGCGGCCGCCUGCGCUACGACGCCGGCGGCGCGUACCUCGACGCCGUCGGCGCGGCGCUCGACGCGGCGAGCGGCGCGCUGCUGCGUCUGAUGCUGGGGCAGGGGCAGCUGAUGGGGUGGCUGCGGUCCAUCAAGCACUUCUUUCUGCUGGACCAGGGCGACCUGCUCGUCCACCUAUUGGAGGGCGCCCAGGAGGAGCUGUCCAAGCCCGCCUCCGAGGUCUCCCGCCCCCGCCUGCGCAGCCUGCUCGAGCUCGCCGCCCGCACCAGCAGCGUCGCCGCAGACCCGCGGCUCGACAGCCUCCAGUACACCUUUGACGCGCGCGGCCUCGCGCAGCUCGUUGUCGCCGCGCUCGCACCGGCGGCGCCGGGGGAGCCGGUGCGCCCGGGGCUGGUGAUGCGCAACAGCACGGCGCCCGCGUGGCAGGUGCUGCUGCUGGAUUUCAAGGUCGAGUGGCCCCUCAGCCUCGUGGUGUCGCGGCGGCAGCUGCUGCAGUACCAGGUGAUCUUCAAGCACCUAUUCCAGCUGAAGUUUGCGGAGAGGCAGUUAAACACGGUGUGGGCGGCGCUGCAGCCGACGCGCGGCCUUUCCAGGGCAGACCAAGAGCGCUUCCGUCCCUGGCACACGCUCUGCCGCGGCCUCACGCACGUGCUGCAGGAAUACCUGCGAUAUGUGACCACAGACGUGCUGGAGCCCCUUUGGCUCGCCAUGGAGGAGCGCAUAACCCGCGCAAAGGACAUAGACGAGGUGAUGUGCUGCCACCAGGCUUUCCUGGUCCGCGCCGCGGACGGCGCGCUGCUGACUCAGCUGCCCGUCCUGAAGUGCGUCCUGGAGCUGCAGCGGUGCGCGCACGACCUCUGGAGGGAGGGCGCGGUGCUGGCGGUGCGGGCGGCGCCGGCGCCGGCAGCCAAGCCCGCCGGGCGCCGUGCGCCGCUGGCGCGCCAGGAGAGCAGCUUCGACCGCGCGCUCGCCGCCCUGCGGGAGGUCGCGCGCAACGAGCGCCAGUCCGCCGCGAUCGGCGCGCUGGCGGGGCGCUUCGCGGCGCAGCUGGGCGAGCUGACGGAGCGGCUGGGGGAGCACUACCAGCGGCUGCUUGCCGGGGCGGGCGUGCGGGGCGGCGGCGGUGGCGGCGGCGGCGGCGGCGGCGGCGGCGCGGCGGCGAUGUCGACGCGUGAGGAGCUGGACAGCCUGCUGAACUUGAUAGAGAGGAUUGACGUGGGCGGCGGCGCGGGCGCCGGGGGCGGCGUGGCGGCGGCGCUGGCGGGGAUGCGGCUGGUGGGGGUAUAG